AUGGCCAACACUCACGACUCGGGCGCCGCUGGCCUGGCGGGAGAUGAGAUCAGUCCUUACCGCAUACAUGUCUCCAGCAAGUAUCUCGAUCUCACGAAACAAAAAUUGGAGCUCACGAGACUUCCUCGUGAGCCCUCGGAACCCAACAAGUCUCGGGACUGGUGGGAGCCAAAGUCUCGAAUCGAGCCGCUCAUUGACUUUUGGCUCGAAAAGUACGACUGGCGAGAACAAGAAACUGCCUUCAACAAUCAACUACCCCAGUUCCGCACAGCCAUCACCCCGCCAAGUUCAUCCUCGCCCGUCCGUCUUCACUUCAUCCACAUCAGAUCCUCGCAUAGCAACGCCAUCCCCCUGCUCCUGAUUCCCCCAUUCCCUUUCACGAACCUCUCCCUCGGCCACCUGAUCCAGCCGCUCACCGAACCAGAAUCGUCAUCUUCUGAAGACGGAGAGCAGCAGCUACAGCAGCCCUUUCACGUUGUCAUCCCCUCCCUCCCCGGCCUCGGCUUCAGCGAUGCCCUCCCCUCCGACGACGCCUCCGUCAUCCCGACGACAACAGACCUCCUCAACACGCUCAUGACACGCCUCUCGUAUCCGUACUACCUCGUCUCCAACACCGCCUCCGCGGCCUCCAGUCCCGCGCAAAUUGACUGGAAGCUCGCGGACCACCUAGUCCGCCACUACCCCAGCAACUGCCUCGGCGCACACUUUAUCAGCCCGUCCCUCGCGGCGCCGACACUCAAGGAGGCACCACUCGAGUGGAUGAAGUGGUCCCUCGCCAAGUUCUUUCACGCGCCCAUCUUAGGCUACCAGAGUGAAGACCUCCGCUCACUCGACGAAGAGACCCACGCCAGCCAUACGUUGUCAGCUGGAAGGAGGCGCCCUCUUCCUACUUCACUCCAACCCGGCGCAGGCAGUACUCUGGUGGAGCCGAACACAACGUCCUUUGCGCUAUGCGACUCCCCCGUGGGCCUCCUUGCCCUCGUCCUCAAAGUCAUCCGCGUUCUCGGGGCCAAGAAGGAGUUCUCGGCCGACGAGAUCAUCACCUUCACCCAGACGGCCUGGCUCCCCGGUCCAGAGGCGGCGAUGCGCCUCUGGGCGCGCUGUCUGACGCACCAAGAGCCGACUCCGCCGCCUCCAAAGCCGUCCAAGAAGCCCAACGUGGCCAUUACAGUUUUCUCAGGAACUGGAGAGACAGGUGACGUAUCCGGCGGGCGACGAACCGCGGACGACGAUCUUGAGGCCCAGACACAGACCCGGAACGACGUCGACAUUCUCUCGCCCCAACCUGCCCCGAACCCGUACGUCUGCCCCGCCUGGGCCAACGUCUCCUACAACGCCGUCCACGUGCGCCGCAUACCCGUACCGGGAGGACGUCCGGGCCUCGUAGCCUGGGAUCACCCGCAGCUCAUCGGCGACGGCGUAAGGGGCCUGGCCGCGAAUCUGCUCUCCUUCGACGCCAGGGUCCAAGACAUCGUCGCCCAACAGCAGCAGAGGCCGGAAACGGUGCCGCUGCAGGGUGUCGUUGUGCAAUCCGACUCGUCUGGCUCCACGGCCGCAACGGCUUCGAGCCAACAAGGGGGUGCAACAUCGGCGGCACCGGUGCUGCCUUCCACUCCUCAGGUUGAGGCGACCAAGUGGCGACUAAGCCAGAUCCGCGAGGCGUCUGAGACGCCCAAGAAGUCGUUGCAGCUGGACGACGGCGAUGCGGGGAUGAUGCUGUCGCCGCCGGAUGCUGAUUUUGCUGGGGCGAGUCCGGAUACCAUUGUCGUUACUCCCCCCGUGGACAUGAAGUAG